AUGAGUAGUGAGGGGGGGCAGGCCCAGAGGCUGCUGGCCCAGCGGAGGCCCCAGCGGCCCUUCUUGGAAUCCUUCAUCCGGGUCCUCAUCAUUGUGUGUGCCGCCCUGGCCCUGGUCCUCUCCUCCGUCUCCAUCUGCGAUGGCCACUGGCUGCUGGCUGAGGACCGCCUCUUUGGGCUCUGGCACUUCUGCACUUCCUCCAACCAGACGGGGCCACGCUGCCUCAGGGACCUGAGUCAGGCCCACGUGCCCGGGCUGGCCGUGGGCAUGGUCCUGGCCCGCAGCGUGGGCGCCUUGGCUGUGGUGGUCGCCAUUUUGGGCCUGGAGCUCCUCAUGGUGUCCCAGGUGUGUGAAGACCUCCACUCACGGCGCAAGUGGGCUGUGGGCUGUGUCCUCCUCCUCGUCUCUUUCAUCCUCUCGUCCGGGGGGCUCCUGAGUUUCGUGAUCCUCCUCUGGAACCAGGUCACGCUCAUUGGUUUCACCCUGAUGUUCUGGUGCGAGUUCACGGCCUCCUUCCUCUUCUUUCUGAAUGCCAUCAGCGGCCUUCACGUCAACAGCAUCACCCAUCCCUGGAGCCAACCGAGGAAGUUUUAG